AUGCCAGAUCUGGCACGGAAAUGGAUGCAAAUGCAGCAAUGCAACAACAUGCGCUGCUCUGCUUAUGUGGUGCGCACCUUUGGAGCUGGUAAGCAACAGCUUCUCGAGGAUCAACAUCGUCCUGUGAGGUGUGGGUGUCCCUCAUGUCCCUCUCGAACUGAGAUUCAGAAUAUUCAGACUCCUGUCCCCACUCUGGCCAGGGUCUUGCCACAUGAUCGCAGAGGAAGGAGACCAGCGGGUGCCUGCUACCCCGUCAGCAUAGCCGGCCUAGCUUCGGAACCCAUUAGAUCGCCCACCCCAGACCCCCCACCCAGCAGUGGCAGCGAAGAGGCCGUUGUUCACCUCGACAGCACCGACCUCGCACCGAGCUGCACUUGCCGCACAACUUGCUGGGUCCUUUCCAAGACCGGGGCAUUCGAGAGCCCGCAAUAA